UGGCAAUCCGCGUCCUCGUGCGCGUCUCGUUUGCGUUUGGCCACAAAACUAGCGUGGGUGAGAGAGAAAGAGGGAGGGGUUGAGUUGAGCGGGAGAGAGAUGGGAGGGUUAGCAGGGGUGACUGGGCCAUGUUGUUGCCGUUGCCAUUGGCGUUGGAGUACAAAUAAUAAUUGGGCACGGAACACAGCAAAGUUCUCCAAAAUCAAUACUAGUAAUAUUCCUAGUAACAGGAUGAAGAGUAUGAAUCCUUUUCUUGCUCGACCUCGAGCCUCUUUCAACCAACAACAAUCAGAUUAUGAUUUUGGUAACAACAACAACAGCAACAACGACGACGACAACGACAGCAGCAGGGCCUUCUCUUCUCCCGAUGACUUGAGUUACUUGUGGAAAUUGGCAGCCGGGUCUGUUGGAGGUGCAGCUGUGAUAAAAUAUGGCAGUGUUAUCUUCCCUGAAAUUACUACACCCAACAUCUUGCAAGCUAUUCUUAUGAUUGGGAUUCCAGUGCUUGUGAGCGUUCUACUCCUGAUCAAGGAAAGUAGCAUUAAGACCCCAAACUAGAAUCCUUUUUAGCACGCAUUGUGUAUACCUUUGUAAGAUGAAUUCUAAGACUUGGUGCAUGUAACAUCCAUUUUUUUUUU